AUGGAUUCGCAGCUACUUCGACAGAUAUUUGCCACAGCCACUGGAACUAGCAGGGAUAUACAAAAUCUCCAGCAGAGGUUCGAGACGAUGACCACCACUGUUGAAAAAGUGCAGAGAGACCUCUACUCCUCCCGAGACUACACAAAAGGUGCUUUGAAUGAAGCCACAGCUGCAAGAAGGGAAGUAGAGACUAUGAAUGACGAAUAUGAUGCUGGAGAGCAAGAACUGCAUGUUAGGGAUGGUACAUCCUUUCCAACAGAAGAUGCACGCGAUACAGUCAGUGUGUGCGAACUACAAGAGCUAGAAAUGAUUGAUAACACGGGUGUAGGUUUAGGUGAAGAGAAUUUAUACAGUAAAGCGUGGCGAGGUAAAGAGAGGGGACGUCAAAUUCUUCACAGUUCACCUGAAGAGAGUUAUAAAAAAUUGCCUUCAUACUGUCACAUGUUAACUGAGGGAAACCCAGGAACCAUCGCACAUAUUGAGCUCGACCCCAAUAAUAGGUUCUACUUUUUCUUAGCAUUCGGACCGAGCAUACGUGGUUUUCGAGAGCACAUAAGGUCAGUAAUUUGCGUUGACGGGAGACAUUUGAAGGGUUGGAAUAAGGGAACACUACUACUAGCUGCAGCGCAAGAUGCCAACAUGCAAAUAUAUCCUAUUGCUUGGGAUGUUGUCGAUGAGGAAACAAAUGUAUCAUGGUACUGGUUCUUCAUGAAGUUGAAAGAUAUUGUUAAUGAUUCAAAUCAGCCAGUGUUUGUAUCCGACAAGAAGAAUAGCAUUAAACGACCAAUUACGAUGCUUUUCCCACUUUCGCACCACGGUGCUUGCAUAUGGCAUAUCGAGAAAAAUCUCAUUGCUAGGUAUAGUAGUCCAAAUGUCAUAUUCCUUUUCAAAAGUGCAGCACUCGCAUAUCGCGUAUUAGAAUUCCAACAAAUGAUGAGACAGAUUAGGACCAUUCGGCCAGCAGUCCCAUCUUAUUUGGAACGUGAUGGUCCAUCUACUUGGUCACCGGCAAAUUUUGUUGGUAAUCGGUAUAACAUCAUGACUAAUGACAUUGCAGAGUCAUUGAAUUCAGUCCUCAAGCGGCAACGAAGUUUCCCUAUCACCUCGUUCAUCCAACACAUUACGACAUUGAUGCAACAAUGGUUCUUCGAGCAGAGAAACGCAUCUACCAACUAUCAUACUGCCCUAGCAUCAAAAAUGGAGGGGGAAUUGAGACAAUCUUUUGAUGCCAGUGCAACCUUGGAUAUACAAAAUUUGGAUGAACUCGUUUCGAGGUUGGCACAGGUGUAG